AUGGUGCUCUCUUUCCUACUCGUCGGGGUUCUGGCCCUCCUACCUGCACUCAGCCGCGCCUUCACGAACCCGGUGAUCUGGAACGACCUCGCGGACGUCGAAAUCCGGAACAUCAACGGCGUCUUUUAUUACUCUGCGUCGACGAUGCACUACUCCCCGGGCGCGCCCAUCCUACGUUCUUACGACCUUUUCAACUGGGAGUUCAUCGGGCAUUCGGUUCCGAGCCUCGACUUUGGCAGCAAUUACGACAUGGCCAACGGAACGCGCGCGUAUGUCGAGGGCGUGUGGGCAUCCUUCUUCAACUUCAAUCCGCACACGAAUCUCUGGAUGUGGGGCGGCUGCAUUGACUUCUGGCACUCGUACAUCUACACCGCCCCGGCGGUCACGGGUCCGUGGACACAGCACACGCAGAUCUACAAAUGCUACUACGACGCGGGCAUGCUCAUCGACGACGACGGGAGCAUGUAUGUCUCGUUCGUGCAAAACAAUAACAUUUGGGUCGCUCAGCUCACUGCCGAUGCGACUGCGGAGGCAUCAUCUCAAGAGGUUUUCCCGCAAUCGGACACAUAUGGGUACCUCGAAGGCACACGCAUGUACAAGCGUAAUGGCUACUACUACAUCCUCGCGGACCAUCCAUCGACCUCAGAAAUCGUCUUCAAGGCCUCAAGUCCAUUUGGCCCAUACACCAGCAAGGUGCUUGUGGACACGGUCUCCCCGCCUUUGACGGCCGGCCCCCCGCACCAAGGAGGCAUCGUCGACGCCGGGAAUGACACUUGGUACUACAUGGCGUUCGUCGAUUCCUACCCCGGAGGACGCAUUCCCAUUCUUGCGCCGCUCACAUGGGGCAGCGACGGCUUCCCUUCCGUCGAUCUCGUGAACGGCGGCUGGGGCUCCUCCUACGCCAACCCGCUCGCCGCCCAUCCCGUUCCAAGCCUCACGGGCACCGACACCUUCUCCGGCACCUCGCUCGGGCCGCAGUGGGAGUGGAACCACAACCCGGACACGACCAAAUUCUCGGUCAACAACGGGCUCACCCUGAAGACCGCGACCGUCACCCCGGACCUGUACUCCGCCCGGAACACGCUCACGCACCGCAUCCUCGGCCCGUCCUCGACCGCGACGAUCAAGCUCGCGCUCGGCGGCAUGGCGGACGGCGACCGCGCCGGGCUCGCGCUCUUCCGCGACCACACCGGCUGGGUCGGCGUCGCGCGCGACGGCGGCGCGCUCGCGGUGCGCAUGGUGACCGACGUCGACCUCUCCCAGACGGGCUGGACGACGACGAACACGGGCGCGGACGGCGCGAGCCCGGUCGCGCUCCCGAAGGGCGCGGCGACGAUCUGGCUGCGCGUGAAGGCGGACAUCGCGCCGGCCAGCGACCAGACGGCGCAGUUCUCGUACUCGACCGACGGGAGCAAGUUCACGAACAUCGGCGGGCCGUUCACGAUGGAAAACAGCUGGAACUUCUUCAUGGGGUACCGGUUCGGGAUCUUCAACUACGCGACGGUGGCGCUGGGUGGCUCGGUGAAGGUGUCGGAGUUCACGCUCUCCGCUUGA